AUGGGGACAGCCCUGGAGAUGGACAAUACCCUACUGUGUUCAGAAGCAGGCAUGUUGUCCAUGCUGCGUAGAUUAUUUCGGAGGGGGAAUAGAAUACAGACAGAGACCAGACCUAGGCAGAAGAGGCAGAAGGAGGCUGGCCUUCUGUCAUGCUGGGAAACAAGAAGGAAGAAAUGGUCAUGGGGAAGGCACAAUGAGUCCUGGAAGGCACCAUCACAACUCUCCACCAUCAAUGAGGAGGAGCAGAGAAUGAAGAGGUUGGACAAGCUCAAAAGGGAUCUCCAGAAGAUGGAAAAUGAGAGAGACGAACUCCGGGGAAUCCUGGCCCAUUACACUAACAAAGACUUGAAUGACAGGAACAACUUUGAGAAGUUCAUGCUUACGAUGCAAUACUACCAAAUGAUGACUGGCCUCAAGAAAAUGCCACAAAAGGUCAGUGAAGCCUUGUCCAAGAGUGAGGAACUGACUAAAGAAAAUCCGUCAUACUGGAUCAGGAAUCGCCAACUCCUGUGUGACUCUAACCAUCAAAAGCACAAAGUCAAGAUGUUGUGGACUGAUAACAGAGAACUGCUACAGGAGCAGAUUGCACUGGAAGAAGACACCAAGCACACAAAUAUUUUGUGUAUAAAAGCCUGCGAGGUUUUGAAUGACUCAGGAACCAAGCGAGAAGCAUCGGGUAGGAUGAAUGAGCAUCAGGGGCAGGUUGCUCUCUUCUCUAAGCAUAAACACAGUGAAGCCCAUGUAACCAUCCUGAACCUCAUCCAGUUCAUGGGCUCAUUUGCUAUUUGCCCUACACCUUCCCACAGGAAGAACUUUGAGACAUUCAUGCUUAAUAUGCAAUACCAGCAAAAGAUGACUGACCUCAAGAAAAUGCCACAGGAGCUCAGUGUGGCCUUGUCCAAGUACAAGGAACUAAGUAAAGAAAAUCACUCAUACUGGUCUGAAAUAUUCCAACUGAAGCUCAAACGGGGCUCAGACCAUGUCAAGAUCUCCCUCAGACACAACUCUUCACCAGGAGCACUGAGUGUGGAAAGCAAGUGA